GCACGGCCCGUACUCCUGGGUCGUACGACGGCGAGUGAAAGAGCUGCAUGCGCUGAACGACCAUCUGGUCACACAGUUCAAGAACACUGCGCAGGAGCUGCCAAAAUUUGUCAAUCGGCUGAGAUUGCAACUGGAAGGCUUCAGACACACCGAUGAGGCUAAGGGAAGGUUGGCGGAGGAAUAUCUCAAGAAACUGCUCGAUGUACCAGCCACUCGAUUCAUCCCCGCUGUUCUGAAUUUUUUGGCUGUAAGCCGAUAUUCGUUUAUUCGCGAAUUGGGCUCGAAGUACACCGAAGGCUUUGUAGCCAAGAAAGGAGGAGGUCACCGCUUCCGCCUGGGAGCCAUGCAGUGCUGCCGUUUUCUGACUAACAACCGCAGAUGGUGCAUCAUCAAGGACACGUGCGUGCUUCUGAUCACCAACGUGGACGAUAUCCGCACUGUGUUGCUGUUCGAUUCGAGUUUCAAGAUCCGGUUUGGCGAGGACAAUGCAGGUAAGCUAGAGGUGUACUUUUUGAGGUCUGAGACAUCGUAG